AUGAAACUUCUAGUAAUAUUUCUAUGCUUUCUGGGUUUUCUAGAAGCCUCGAGUAUGCCUAGAUAUUAUUUUGAGCCCGGUCAGAACGCCAAGAUCUACAUCGGAACAUCGAAGAAUCUCAAAAGAUCUGUUGGGAUCGACAAGCCUAUUCAAGUCUAUAGAGUUUGCAAUGGGAAUAAUAAGAAGACAUGUGGAUUCUGGGAGAAUACAAAAGUGAGUGGAGGAAGUGCGCUCUAACAAACUAUUGAUUUUUCAUUUUUAAUCACGGUCAGAAAAAUUCUAACAAUAAAACUUAUACAUAAACACUAAUAUCAUUUUAUCAGGAGUACUCCUGUUAAUCAAUAUUUUGUUGAAACGUAUUCAAUCCUCUCAAUUUCCAGAACAAGAAAAAAGUGGCGAAAGCUCCAAAGACUGUGAAGAAAGAGAAAGUAUACCUAGUUCUUCGGAAUAUCACAACCGCUGAUUCUGGAGUCUACUACAAUGAUAAUGGAAUCUAUCUUUCUAUUGAUGUUUUGAAUAAUUCUUGGUAA